AUGAAGCUGCUGGUGGCCAAGAUCCUGUGCAUGGUGGGGGUGUUCUUCUUCAUGCUGCUGGGCUCCCUCCUGCCCGUGAAGAUCAUCGAGACGGACUUUGAGAAGGCUCACCGCUCCAAGAAGAUCCUGGCCCUCUGCAACACCUUUGGGGGCGGCGUCUUCCUGGCCACCUGCUUCAAUGCUCUGCUGCCCGCUGUGAGGGAGAAGCUCCAGAAGGUCCUGAGCCUGGGCCACGUAAGCACUGAUUACCCACUGGCCGAGACCAUCAUGAUGGUGGGCUUCUUCAUGACCGUCUUCCUGGAGCAGCUGAUCCUGACCUUCCGCAAGGAGAAGCCCUCCUUCAUCGACCUGGAGACUUUCAACGCUGGCUCGGACGCGGGCAGUGACUCCGAGUACGAGAGCCCCUUCAUGGGCAGCACGCGGGGCCACGCGCUGUACGCAGAGCCCAGCCCGCACACCCACAGCCAUGGCCUGAGCGCCCAGGAGCUGUCCCGCUCCAGCCCCCUGCGGCUGCUCAGCCUGGUCUUUGCACUCUCGGCCCACUCCAUCUUCGAGGGCCUGGCGCUGGGCCUGCAGGAGGAGGGCGAGAAGGUGGUCAGCCUCUUUGUGGGUGUGGCCAUCCACGAGACCCUGGUGGCCGUAGCCUUGGGCAUCAGCAUGGCCCGGAGCACCAUGCCGCUCCGGGAGGCAGCCAAGCUGGCCGUGAUGGUCAGCAUCAUGAUCCCACUGGGCAUCGGCAUUGGGCUGGGCAUCGAGAGCGCGCAGGGGAUGCCCAGCAGCGUGGCCUCGGUGCUGCUGCAGGGCAUGGCAGGUGGCACCUUCCUCUUCGUCACCUUCUUUGAGAUCCUGGCCAAGGAGCUGGAGGAGAAGAGUGACCGGCUGCUGAAGGUGCUCUUCCUGGUGCUGGGCUAUGCUGUCCUGGCCGCCAUGGUCUUCCUCAAGUGGUGA